AUGUCUCGACUUGGCCUGUUGGCGUGCUACGCUGGACUCUUCGCUGGAGCGGCGGCACCGGACUUUUCAACAGCAGUUCCCAUCCGCUCUGCCGCUGUUAACCCGCACCACAAGAUCCUAGACACUGAAGGAUCUUCCCUCGCACAAGUAGCAACAGCGCCUUCCGCUUCAAAGAAAACUACAGAGUGCUUGCCCAUCCUGAAUGCCUUGCGAACGGAGGGACUGAAUGGGUUGCUGAAGGGACUGGUUGAAGCAGGCGAUGGUGAAGCUAGUCAAAUACAGCCUCUAGCGAGGUCCGGUAAAACUACCAUUCAAAUCGCAUCAGAACUUGCAGGGACCAACAAAGAAUCAUGUGAUGCAACAAAUGCGAAUCAGUCUCAGUAUGCUGGACUUGUGAUUACUUUUGAUGUUUCGAAGACCUUUGAUUGCGAGGCUCUCAUCAAUGCGUCUUUCACUGCAGGACUGGACCAUCUCCAAAAGGCGGACUACAACGCGACCGCUGAUGAGAGUAUAUUGGGCACGCCUCCAUUGGAUAACAUAGCAGCAAAAAAUCUUGCGGCCAUAGUGUCCACCAAGGCGGAAAAAGUGGAAUGUGCUGCCACUACAGACUGUGUAGCUGGUAAAAAUGUUCUUUUUUGUUAUUUCAUACAGCCUUUGGAAAAGGAACAGGCGCAGCCAAUUGACGCUAAUGUGUACGAGGCUUUGUUGAAGCGGCAGCGGGGCUCAGCGUCAAUCGCAGUUCCUGGCAUUACAGCUAUGCUUUUCUCGCUCGCGUUAAUUCUGUUGAGUUGA